AUGGAAUUCGCGUCUUCAUCAUCCAAACUCCCACGGUAUUACGACGUGCUCAUCAACUUCAAUGGAGAAGACAUUCGCAGGAAAUUUGUUUCUCAUCUCGAUUCUGUCCUCUCGUCCGUUGGACUCACCACUUUCCUUUAUCAUCAGAAUGCAGUGGAGUCAACGCACGUCCAACAAUCUAUUCUCGAUCUGUGUCGGGUAGUAAUAGUUGUUUUCACCAAAACCUAUUCUGAAUCUGCUUGGUGUCUUCAUCAGCUUCAACAAAUCAUUCAAUGGCACCAAACUUAUUGCCGACAUGUUCUGCCUGUAUAUUACGAAAUUCAGCCAUCUGAUGUACGUCUUCAGAAGGGCGAUUUUGGAAAGGCCUUGAAAGCAACUGCACAUCAAACAUUUUCAGCACAACAACUUGAGCAUGGCAUGUCCAGAUGGAGCGAAGCACUCACCAAAGCUGCAAAUUUAUUUGGAUGGGAUGAGAGUAAUCACAGGAGUGAUGCUGAACUAGUGCACGAAAUUGUUAAGAGCGUCCGUAAUUCAUCAGUUUUUUCCUGCUACUAA